AUCUUGGCCUUUGAAAGCAAAACACUGCAGCACCCGGGGCAGCUCGGAGUUGGGAAGAAAUUAAAGGAGGCUGCGCCUCCGGCUUGCUUUCCCGAAGAGCCCAAGUGCUUUCCGAAAGCUCUGCUAGGUGGGCCUUAGAGGGAACGCCACCGGAAAGAUCAGAAAACGGACUUUUUCAGCUUGGAAGAGACCAAAAUUGUCACUUCUCUGAAUGAAGAUGAGGAAAAGUCUCUAAAUCAGGCAAGACAACGUGAAAAACUCAGAGAGAGGACACGAUGGCUGGUGGGAGAAAGAGGGCUUCCAGCUUUGGUGCUGCUUAUCAGCUGUGCCAUUACUGAGCCAGACCUGGAGAUGUGCCAUUAGCCAGCAUGGAUAGAACCCACAGUGUAGCCCUGCAGCUGCAGCAGCUCGUGCCCACCAGCAGUGCUGACCCCGUGAGCGAGGCCUCCUUCUCCUACAAGGAAAACUUGAUUGGCGCCCUCUUGGCAAUUUUUGGACACCUUGUGGUCAGCAUUGCACUUAACCUCCAGAAGUAUUGCCACAUCCGCCUGGCAGGCUCCAAGGACCAUCGGGCCUAUUUCAAGACCAAGACAUGGUGGAUGGGUCUGUUCCUGAUGCUGCUGGGGGAGCUUGCUGUGUUUGCCUCUUAUGCCUUUGCUCCACUCUCGCUGAUCGUCCCUCUCAGCGCUGUCUCAGUGAUAGCAAGUGCCAUCAUAGGACUCAUAUUCGUCAAAGAAAAAUGGAAACCUAAAGAUUUUCUGAGGCGAUACAUCACGUGCUUUGUUGGCUGCGGUUUGGCUAUCAUAGGCACCUACUUGCUGGUGACAUUUGCACCCAACAGUCAUGAGAAGAUGACAGGAGAGAACAUCACUAGGCAUCUUGUGAGCUGGCCUUUUCUCUUGUAUAUGCUCGUGGAGAUUGUCCUCUUCUGCUUGCUGUUGUACUUCUACAAGGAGAAGAACGUCAACAAUAUUGUCGUGAUUCUCCUCUUGGUGGCAUUACUAGGCUCCAUGACGGUGGUGACAGUGAAGGCAGUGGCUGGGAUGCUGGUCUUGUCCAUCCAGGGGAACCUGCAGCUGGACUACCCCAUUUUCUACGUGAUGUUUGUCUGCAUGGUGGCAACCGCCAUCUAUCAGGCCACGUUUUUAAGUCAAGCCUCACAGAUGUAUGACUCUUCUUUGGUUGCCAGUGUGGGCUACGUUCUAUCCACAACCUUGGCUAUCACAGCAGGUGCUGUCUUUUACCUGGACUUCCUUGGGGAGGAUGUGCUGCAUAUCUGCAUGUUUGCACUGGGGUGCCUCAUUGCAUUCUUGGGCGUCUUCUUAAUCACCCGUAACAGGAAGAAGGCUGUUCCAUUUGAACCCUAUAUUUCCAUGGAUGCCAUGCCAGGUAUGCAAAACAUGCAUGACAAGGGGAUGACAGUCCAGCCUGACCUCAAAGCUUCUUUUUCCUAUGGGGCCCUGGAAAACAACGACAAUGUUUCUGAGAUCUAUGCACCUGCCACACUGCCUGUCAUGCAAGAAGAACACAGCUCCCGGAGUGCCUCUGGAGUUCCCUACAGAGUCCUGGAACACACCAAGAAGGAGUGAGCCCACCCCAAAGGAGAAAUACUUCCCUGCCAUUUAUAACUGCUCCAGUCCCGUGACAAGUGGUUGAACCCUUAACUCUAAAACUUGCCUUUCAGAUCUUAAUUUUUGUUUUUAAAACUCAAGAACUCUCUGGGCUGAGAUGAUGCCAAGACUUGACAAGGCAGAGGAUCCCAUUGUGUUGGCCAUUGAAAUGUCAGGCGACCAGGGAGAGGGCUAGAGGUGGAGGGCUGAGAGCAGUUGUUGUUCAGGUGUGGAGUUGGACCUCUGCCUGAGCCAAAUUGGGAAAGACUUUCUCAUCUUGCAGAUGAUAACUGAGCUUCCCCAGCCAGUGACCAAAGGUUGCCAUAUGCUUCAGCACUAAAAGCAAGGCAGAGAUUCUGCGCUUCUUUCCCAAUCCAGGGAAAGACUGGAGACCUCACAAUGUCAUUCUUUCCCCUUCCCAUGCAGACCUGUGAGCUCUGCGCCUCUCACUCACUGUUCCACAUCUGCUUGCUCACUGUCACCUUUCUGUGGUAAGGUGGGCCAGAGCUGGAUGAGACAGUCCACCACACCCCUAUAGGAUGAACACGUCUACUUCUGCUUGUGCCCUCCCCGGGAAAAAUGUGCCUGAUGUGUUUCUCUGAGCUCCUCUCUGAAAACUGGAUGGGUUUUGGUUCUGUGAACUACUCGAUCAAUUUUUGUCCCCAAAAGGAACUGAGAAGUUAUGAUCUAAAAGGAGAAAACACAGGGCAGAAGCAGAGGUGAUAAUACAUUGGCCCAUAGGGGGGAAAAAAUCCUUUUUCUUCUUGCAAGUGAUCACAUCACUUAUAAAAAGGUUUGACAAGACCUAGCUGUUGUAUGUGUUUUCCUGCAUAUCAGUACCCUCUAGCAGAUUGGGGGGACUCAUUUCAGAGGUGGCCUCAUUUACCUCUCUUCAUCCUCUGCUUUGUUUUGUUUUGUUUUUUGGUGGGGAAGUCACACUCAGUUAUGCUCAGGGGUUACUCCUGGCUUUGCUCUCAGGAAUUAUUCCUGACGAUGCUCAGGGGACCAAAUGGGAUGCCAGGUAUCAAACCUGGGCCAGACGCAUGCAAGGCAAGCACCCUACCCGCUGUACUGUCACUCCAGCCCCAUCCUCUGCUCUAUAGAUAGACAACUCAGCUUUAUUUAUUGGCUGAUGUCCUUGGAGUCCAUGGAGAUCUUUUGUUCCUCUGACCCCCACACUGGCCUCUGGGGAAAGCAGGAAUUCUCAGAAACAGGGCACUUUCUUUCUGGCUAUGUAUAUGCUUAUCUUCCUAUAAACUCACUGUCUAUUUUUGAGAAUGGCAAAUAAAGGUUUUCAAGCCCGAAUGUGCAUAAGGAUAUCCUGUAAGGAGGUUAUUUAUAAAUGCAGAUUCCUGUACACUGACUCCAAAUAUUCAGAGAAAGUCUGGGAUGGGACCCAAGAGCCUGGAGCACAGGUGAUUCUGAAGCAGGUAACCCCAAGGAUCGUGCUCCUUACAAGCCUUAUAACAGAAAGAUAUGCUCGGCUCAAGCCCCCAGGGCCAGUUCAUUCCUGUGAGAAGGUUGGAACUACCAUUCCUUGUUUCUUCUCUGGGCUUCAUUUAGCAAGUCAAUUAUCCCCGUAGGAUCUGUGGCAUUUCUCCAUCCUGUGAUUACUUAGAUCUAUGCUUAACUGCCUCCCUAAACAGCCUUUAACUCACAGGCAAGAUAACAGUGUUAAUAGACCAGUGUUGAUAGAUCAUUAACUUUUAUGGAUUGUACUUAAUGUUGAUUUAGUACCUUGACUUCCAAAACUAACGUCUGUAACAACAUGUUGGCUAUGAUAUCCACUUCUGUAUUGUUUUAACCACUUCUGUAUUGUGUCUUAUAUACCUAACAAGGCAACAAUAACUUUCUUCCUUCAGAUAGGUAUCAAUUCAAUUCAACAAUAUAUAUGAGGCAUUAACUCUGUCCUCAAGAUUUGAAUGACAAGGUCUACAAAGAGUGAUUUCCGUUCUCCCGGCCAGCAGGGGGAAUCACAGAGACCGAGGAAACUAUGGCAGGGUCAAACCUGACAGGUGUGAAGUACAGUAGGCAACCAAAGAAAGUAACAGAUCUGACAGUGCUGCUAAGGGGACAGUAUUUAAAAUUGGAGAUAACUAAUUGGACCCCACUCGUUGACAGAGGUGUGGGAUAGGCAAAUCUAGCUUAAGAUUUGAGUAAGGCGUAAAACUAGGGUGAUCAGGACCCAUGCAAAGCCGGAACUUGCAAAGAGAUAGGGCAGGAGGAAUGGGAAAGAAAGAAUUAGGAAAGGAGGCAAGAGAUGAGUCUGGAGAGCUCAGCAUUGGAGACCAGAUCACGGAGGGCCUGGAACGGAGGGCUGAAGUGUUUAAUGUGUAUCUCCAGGGGCCUGGAAGCCAUUGAAAUUUCCUGAGGAAGUGAAAGACAAAGCCUGCUCUGAUUAGAAAAGUCUUAAACAGGGUGGAGACAAGAGGGAAUAAAAAUUACAUUUCAAGGUCAAGUUACAUGCCUACAAGAACAAAAUACCGAAGGGGAAUUAAAAGUUGAUUGUGCUGCUAUUUCAAUUUUCCAAGGUGAAAGCAGGGAAGAAAGUGACAGUGGCAUGGGUUCCUAAAAAGGUCACUACAGAGGUGAUCAUUUGUUCUUUUAUGUCCUUCCCACCUUUCUCUACCCGCUUUCUUUUGGGGGAUCUGGGGGUAUUCAUUGUUGUUAUUAUAUAUCUUUUACCUGUAGUCAGGCAAAAAUGAGAUGGGGCCAGAGAACUAGUGUAGGGGGUGAGGUACUUGUGCAGAUGGUAAACCCAGGUUCAACCCCCAAGACCCCACAGGGUCCCCCAAACAGCACCAGGAGUUAUCCCUUAGCACUGAGCUGAGAGUAAGCCCUAAGAAUAGUUUGGUGUGCCCUCCCCCCCAAGAAAUCAACCAAACAAAAAAAAAAAAGAAUGAGAUGCUUGGAUCAAAGUGAGUUGAAAUCUCAGGUCAACUGAAGAUCAUGGGUUCAGUGCCACCUGGACAUCUGGGCAACUCCUCUACUUCAGGACUGGGGCAAUGACUUUGAAGCUGACAUAAGAAGGAGGAGCCAAGAUGCAUGGUGUUUUUCUGUGUGGUCCCUGGGUGUUGGGAUGAUCAAGAGAGAGGGAACCUUGGUCUCCAGAAUUCUGAAUCUGCCUUGAGCAAACCCUCCAAGGCUUUGUCCCCAACUUCACAACUACUCUUCACCAGUGGCAAAUCAGCAGCCCUUGUUAGGACAGGGAGGAGGUCAGAACCAGAACCUUGAUUCUCUUUUUAACUCUCAGCUCUGACAUCCCCAAGCUCUCCUGAGUGCCCCAAGGAACAUGAAACAUCCAGUAUCUCUCUCCGCCUUUGUGGCCAGUCCCUGAAGCUUGGUCAGCCAAUGGGUGUAAACUUUACAGUCAUUCUCUGGUCUUUCUCUUCUCCCCCUCCGCCCCCCCCCCCCUCCCAAUUUGUCUACCUCUGGGAAAGGCUGGGAUUCUGGGUUCCCUUUCAGACACUAGAACCAGUUCUUCCCAGACUCGUGCCUGUGAGUUCUGAGGGGAUUCUAGCCCCCACUUGCCUGGCCUUUCUAUGGAAUGCAGGUCAGAGAUGCCUUCACACUGGGCUGCAGGUUGGGGGGAAGUAAAUGCUGGAUGGGGAACCAGAUUGCCCUCUCCAUAGCAUUUCUGGUAGAAAAUAGUCGACAUGAUGCUGUGGGACAUACAGAGCCCCCCAGGGACGUAAAGGGAAACCUUACCCUAAACCUUGUGAAUUCCAAGUUCAGUCCAACACUGGAUGAUAGGCAAAAAAUGAACUGUGUGUUUCUCUGAGAAGCUGUGUAAAUGAAGCCCCCUUAGAAUAUAUUCUAUGUGGAUGCUUAUAUUUUGUUCACUUCGUGACUAAUAAUAUGGCAUGUCUUAUUUUUCAAAAAAAAUGUGUGUGCAAAUAUUAUGAUGAAGUGGUAUUUAAUUAAAAAAUGUAUCCCAGUGA